GUUGUCUCAUGUCCAUGGGAAAUACAGGAAGCAGUUAGAAAUCGGGUGUAUAUAAAAAGCCGGGUGCUUUGCUUGCCAAACUCCGAUUUAAACUUGAAUCGUGGAAGGUAUCGAGUCAAAGGAUUUCUUUUUUCGUUCCGAUUUUUUCUUUUUCAAAUCCAAGUCUUGACGGUGCAAAUUUUCAAGUCGAGGAUAUAUAUUUCGUCAUGUCGAUUUUGUUGGGCGUGUUUGUGUUGGCUGCGACGGCCUUUUGCGUGCAGGCGCAAGGAUUUCGUCCCUCGAAUGGCCCUCAAUUCAGCAACCAAGGAGGAGACAAGUUUCCGGAUUUCCCUUCCAUGUGCAGAAUGUUGAAUGAUCCAGCGAUAGUAGACCAGUACGUGGAUUGUGCAUUGGAUUUACCAGGUGCUUGCAAUGGAAUCCAGGGUUUGUCCGACAUUCGCCAAUAUUUGCAAGUCGCAUUGCCGGCGGCACUCGGAAAAGGCAGGUGCUCCUUCUGUUCUCCGAACGACACGCUCAAGAUCAACUUCCUUGCCCGGGAGCUACGCACCCGAUUCAAGCCGGAAACCGGAAAGUUGCUGCGUCACUUCAGCAAGCAAAUCGCCGCCAACGGCGGUCUUCGAGCCCAAACCGCCGCCGACACCGCCGGUGCGCCGCCCAACUGCGCCGCAGUGCUCGGCUAAGGAACUGUUGACGACAAUGAUUGAAAAACAGCCGCCGUUUUUUCACCUUUUUUUUUUAUGUGCGACCUAGACAAUCACAAGGGUUACGCAAUACAGUAAUUUCAUUUCUCGUGGAAAAGGAAUCAUAACAGCAGCAGUUGAGAUUUGUUUUUCAUCUUGAGGGCGUACGAUUGCAUUGGUGAAUUCGUUUUUAUGGACAAUCGUUCGACUGAUUAGCAAUUUUGACCGAGGAAAAUGGGAAAUUUGUUGAGGAAUAACAGCUUUUUUAUAUGGAGACGCAUCCGGAAUUCCUGACUCAUGUGCAAUUGCAUGAUCAGAUUGGAAGAUUCUUAAUUUUUUUCCGAACAAUAUUGGGAAAACAUCCAGCAGCUAAAUCCAGCAGCUAAACUCCCGGAUAGUUGGCUUUGCUUGGAAUAAAAAAGUUUGAAUGUAUGGAAUUGUGCGGAAGAAAAAUACAGUUGCUUUUUCCAAAGUG